GCGGCGCCAGCCCGGAAGCGGCGCCGUCGCGCGGAAGCGGCGGGGCCAUGGCCGCCCCCGCGAGCGCCCAGAGCGCCAACAAGACGUGGGAACUGAGUCUGUACGAGCUGCACCGAACCCCGCAGGAGGCCAUCAUGGACGGGACGGAGAUCGCAGUGUCCCCUCGGUCGCUGCACUCGGAGCUGAUGUGCCCCAUCUGCCUGGACAUGCUCAAGAACACCAUGACCACCAAGGAGUGUCUGCACCGCUUCUGCUCCGACUGCAUCGUCACCGCGCUCCGCAGCGGGAACAAGGAGUGCCCCACGUGCCGGAAGAAGCUGGUGUCCAAGCGUUCCCUGCGCCCCGACCCCAACUUCGACGCCCUCAUCUCCAAGAUCUACCCGAGCCGCGACGAGUACGAGGCCCACCAGGACCGGGUGCUGGCCAAGCUCAGCCGCCUCCACAACCAGCAGGCCCUCAGCAGCAGCAUCGAGGAGGGCCUCAAGAUGCAGGCCAUGCACAGGGCCCAGCGGGUGCGGAAGCUGCACGCCGAGUCGGACAACGCCACGUUCAGCGGGGGGGAGGAGAACCUGGACCCCCACCUGAGCCCCCCCGAGGCGGCGGCGGGGCCGAGCCGCAAACGCUCCCGCGCCUCCGACGACUCCGGCGCCGACCCCGACGCGGAGGCGCCGCCGGAAGGGCCCGGGAACGGCGGCAGGGGCAGCCCGGAGGCGGAGGCGGAGGCGGGAAGCAGCGAGAUCGAGCUCGUCUUCCGCCCGCACCCCCUGCUCGUCGACAAGGGCGAGUAUUCCCAGACCAGGUACGUGAAGACGACGUCGAACGCCACGGUCGAUCACCUGUCCAAGUACCUGGCGCUGCGGAUCGCGCUGGAGGAGGCCCCGCCCCCCGGCCCCGACCCCGGGCCCGGCCUGGAGCACGUCAGCGAGAAGCAGUACACCAUCUACACCACCACCAGCGCCACCUCCGCCUUCACGCCCCUGAAUGGGUCCCUGACGCUGGAGUUGGUGAACGAGAAGUUCUGGAAGCUCAGCAAACCCCUGGAGCUUUACUACGCCCCCACCAAGGAGCAGAAAUAAGGGGGGACCCCAAAAAUCCCCCCCAGGCACCCCCAAAAUCCCCCUUGGCCGGAGGGACCCCCAAACUCCCCUCCAAGGACCCAAAACCCCUCCCAGGGCCCCCCAAAUGUGCUCCCACGGGGGAUUCGGGAGGGGGUUGGUGGUGCCUGAGUAGAGUCCCCAAAAUCUACUUGGGGGGCCCCAAAAAGCCCUCAGGGAUCCACCCAGUAUGUGCCCUCAGGGGGGAUCCAGGUGGGGAUUGGUGGUGCCCAAGUGGAGGAAUGGAGGGAAUUUUGGGGAGGGGGGGGAAAUCCCAAAAUCCCCCUGGAGGGUCUCCAAAAUCCCCCUGGGGAGUCUCCAAAAACCC